CAGCCAUUCAGCACCAUCACGACAACAGGAGCGCACUUACGGCGUCGUGACGUCACGCCUCUUGCUCAGCAGAACGGCCGCUGUCAGAAACUUGUAGCUGCAGAUGUGCGGCUCAGGAUUAACCGACAAAACGCGGACCGAUGGAAAUCACAGAAAGUCAUGAAAGAAGUUGAUACUGUGGGGGGCGAGAAAGAUGAGAAAUGUGAGAACAAUGAGGAGGAGGCUCCCAUGAGUCGCAGUUUCUCUGUAGAAGACCUCCUGGACGAGGUUGAGAAGAUUUGUUAUGAUGCCUCCGGAACGUCAAAGGUGGAGAUGGUGGUGAGGCUGUGGAAGGAUGGCUUCACCGUAAACGACGGGGACUUUCGGAGCUACUCCGAGCCAGAGAAUCAACACUUUUUGGAUUCCAUCAAAAGAGGGGAGCUCCCGGCCGAGUGGGAGAGCCGAGCUGAGGAGGAAGAGCUGGAGAUCAGUGUGGAGGAUCUGACCGAGGAGAAUUACGUUCCCAAGAAGAAGAUUUUUCACCCUUUUAGUGGCAGAGGUUACCGACUUGGCAGCGUUGCACCCAGAGUUGUGGCGAGGUCACCAUCUGUGCACGAGGAUGGAGAAUCUCCUCCUAUUCCCAUGGUAACACUCGACCACGCCCUUCCCGUCACCUCCCUUCAGAUCUGGUUGGCUGACGGCCGGAGACUGGUGCAGAGGUUUAACCUAUCGCAUCGAAUCACAGAUGUCCAAGAUUUUGUGGCCCGCUGCCAGAGGAGCUGCCCGCCUUUCGUUCUGACGACGUCCCUGCCUUUCCGAGAGCUCAACGAGAAAGAACUGAGCCUAGAAGAGGCCGAUUUGGCCAACGCUGUCAUCGUCCAGAGACCGCUGAACACACAGGCUCCUUUUGGCCACUCCUGACCGACAGGGCCGCGUGAUUUAGCCGGCAUGCGAGCCUCCAGCCCGGGCCGCUGUUUGGCUAAUGGAAAUACUCUCACCAGCUAAGUCCCGAAGGUGCUGCUGACAGUGUGUGCUACAUGGUCUUACUCUUAACUGGAGGACUGAUUUUAUCUAUAUAUGCCUGUAACCCCGCCCCCCUAAACUGGAGAAGAGGCAAAAGAGUGAUGUCGCCCAUAGGGCGAUCAGUUGUGUGUCCCCUACAUUUUAAUCUGCCACACGUACCCUCCCAUUCCUCAUCACCAUCUCAUUACACUCAACGCUCCACAACCAUCCACAGCAAAGUCUCUGAAGUCUUCCCAAAGUCUGAUCACCACUUUUAAGCACAAUUUUCGGUUUUAACUAAGGAAAGGGACUGACAGGUUGAGUUUACAAUGCUCUUAUGUGAGUUUUAACAUUUGAUUUGACUUAUUUAUGUUGGUCUGGAUCUUUUGGAGGGUUUUAUAUGUUUUUUUUGUUUUUGUUUUCUGUAAACAUUUUCCUUUCUUUAGUUUGCUUUUUUGUAAUGGUGGGGGUCAAGAUAUCAAAUGUUCUGUUCUGUCUGACUGAAUUGUUAAAAAACAUAUAGCUAAUCAUGACAUAAUACAAUAAAAAUCUUACCAAGAGUUA